UAUUCGGUUAUUAUUGAGGUAAACCGGAAAAACACAGCUGUUAGUUCACGCUAUUAAUUGAAACGCCAGGUAACCUACAGAUAGAAAAAUGUCCGAACCCAGCAAGCAGGAAAUUUCAGCCAUUUUUAAGCGACUUCGCUCCAUUCCUACGAAUAAGGCUUGUUUUGACUGCUCAGUUAAAAACCCCAGUUGGGCCAGCAUCACCUAUGGUGUAUUCUUAUGUAUUGAUUGCUCUGGGACACACAGGUCUCUUGGAGUGCACUUGUCCUUUAUCAGGUCGACUGAGCUGGAUUUCAAUUGGUCGUGGUUUCAGCUAAGAUGUAUGCAAGUGGGAGGCAAUGCCAGUGCGGUUGCAUUUUUCAAUCAACAUGGGUGCACAUCCAGUGCUGCCAAUGCCAAGUACAACAGCCGAGCUGCUCAGCUGUACAGAGAGAAGAUAAAGACUUUAGCCACGCAAGCCACCAGACGCCAUGGUACUGAGUUGUGGCUUGACAGUCAGGCUCCUCUCUCCCCAACAUCACCAGAGGACAAGCAGGUGGAUUUCUUCAGUCUGCAUUCACAGGCUGUUCCUCAAACUGUGAACACGGCCAAAAUGUGUCUGAGCUCCCCCACAUCUGAUUUGCCUUUAACCCCGGAAAAAGAGGAAGACAAUAAUGAUAAUCCAGAGGAGGGUCCUAGUGUGGAGAUGCUGAGUGUUUCUCCAAAAGCAAAUCCAGAGGCUUCGUCUCUUCUUAAGAAGAAGCCAACUGCUGCCAAGAAAACAUUGGCCUCUAAGAAGGGUGGUCUGGGCGCUCAGAAGGUAAGCAGUAAGAGUUUCUCAGAGCUGGAGAAGAAGGCUCAAGCUGCCGACAAGCUCAGAGAGAAAGAAGACGGCACUCCUGUUGGCAAGAAGAGUUUCCAACAUGAGGAAUCCAUCGCUCCAUCGCUGCGACUGACCUGUAAAGAUCUUGAGCAGCAGAAGAAAAUGGAGGAGAAGAAGUUGAAGGGAUUGGAGGGGAACAAGAAAGAGCAAGCUGAGAGACUGGGCAUGGGUCUAGGCAUCAGGAGUGGAGUGUCUCACUCUGUGACAUCGGACAUGCACAUCAUCCAGCAGGAGAAUCCAAAGGGGACCAAGACCACCAAAGGACGACGGUUCACAGAGGAUGAUGAUGAUGAGGGGUCCUUCAGCUCAAGGGUCAUGUCCCGGUUUGAGGAUCAAACAGAAACCUCAGAUAAUUUCUCCUCUGGGUGGGAUGACGGAGGAGGCUGGAUGAAGAAGAGCAAGAAACCAGAGCCGGAUUUCUUCAUGAGCUCCACUAUUUCAUCAUUGAAUGACAGACCCACAGCCAGACGAAAACCAGAACCAGUACCAGUCUCAGACACAGGAGAAGCACGGACAAAGUUUGGAGAUGUGAAAGCCAUCUCUUCCGACAUGUACUUUGGAAAACAAGAUAACUCUGAGUACGAGGCCAAAACACGACUGGAAAGAUUUGCUGGAAGCGCCUCUAUAAGUUCAGCAGACCUUUUUGAUGAUCCAAAGAAACAGACUGCGAGCUCGUACCGUCUGACCAACGUGCUGCCCAGUGCUCCUGACAUGUCACAGCUCAAACUGGGAGUGCGCUCAGUCGCUGGAAGACUCUCUGUCAUGGCCAGUGGCGUAGUUAGCUCAAUUCAGGACCAUUACAGUUCUUGAGUCAUGGCGAGCCUCCUCUUGGAUCCACUGCCCUCAUAGUCGUCCUCUGUUUAACAGAGUCAGCAAGUGGCGGUUACUCAUCCAGGGAGUGAUAGAAGUGCUGUGGGCAUCUCUGCAUCAAAACGUACCCCCAAAUAACCCUGUAUUCAUCUAUAUCUAGUUUUUUAUUAGAUCUUGUAUAUACAGAUAUGAUUAAGAUGACUGAAGCACAAUAUUUUCUGCAGGCAUCUUGAAGGGAGAUCUAUGUGUAUUGUGUCAUAAAGAAACUUCAUUUGCAGUUAAUUACUUAGUUUGCUUUUAGGUUAUUGGGGUUUAAAUAUUUAGAAAUACUGUAUGUAGCAGUCUGAAGUUUGUAGUUUUGAAGGAGGGAUUUGAUUUCUUUUAGUUGAUGAAGUGAGAAAAACCUAAAUGGUGGAGACAAAAAACAUGGUAAACAUACUCGUGCUUAGACAUUCACACAGGUUUGAAAGUGUCCUUUCCGUCCCCAAAGUGCACUUAUGUUUGCUCUUCCAUAGACGGGACCAAAACCUGAUUGAGGCCUUGGGGGUGGGGGGGACCAAUUGCCUAUCAGUUGAGUAAAUUGAAAUCUGCCUCAUAAGUACAUAAGCUUCAUUAUCUUAGCGAAUAGUUAUCUAGUAAUAAUUACGUUUUGUUUUUGUUUUCUUAGGCCAUGCAUCUGUAGGUUGAACAACAAGAUGGCAUGAAGUUGGCAUGAUUUUUUUUAAUAUGCUCUUUUGCUUUUGCUGAUUUUUGGAUCAGAAGACCGAUACCACUCUAACAUCUGUACGUUUUAAAAUGAAGAUCUAGCCAGCAGCCGGUUAGCUUAGGUUAGCAUAAAGUCUGGAAAAGACUGGCUCUGUCUGAAGGCAACAAAUCCGCCUGCCAACACUUUGGCUUUUUGUAUGGAUUAAACAAAUUAGACAUGUUUUAAUUAUUUAGCUUUUGAGAUAUCUGUACAGUAAGUGUGUUUCGUUACCUUUGGACAGAGCCGGUCUAGCUGUUUCUCACCGUUUCCAGUCUUUAUGCGAAGCUAAGCUAUCCAACUGCUGUCUGUAGCCUUACAUUUAACAAACAGAUGUGAGAGGUAUCAAUCUUCUCCUCUAUUCCUUUAGAAAAAAAAAAAAAGCAAUCAACUCACUAAAGCACGAUGAUGACCCGGCUCGAUGUGGGUCAGUUGCACUAUGUAUUAAAUUCUGUUGUUUUUCUCAAUCCAGUUAUUUGGAAUUAAGACACUUUAAGAUGUUGUAAUCACGAACAUGGGCAUCAUUGUAAUCUGUAGAUUUACUAAAUUUUGAGGGGUCCAUAUUUAUGAUGUUUUAGUUUGAAUUUGUAGCUGCUUUUUUGUAGGUAUUUGUUUUUAUACAUCCGCAGUGACAUUCUACAUUGCCCCUUUUGGUGUUUAAUGGCGCACUUUUGAAGGGUAGUAUUUGCUGAUGCGAUGGCGGGCUUCUUUUGUAGCUUUCAGGCCCCUCUGUACAACAACACACGUCCACUUAAAAUGUGAAUGUAACCUAUCCCUUUAAAGCCUUCAAAGUGAUGUUUUUGUUGCUGUAGCAUACUGCCAAGGUCCAGAUCUUUCUGUCAUGAUAUAGUGAUGAGUUUGGAUUUAAAAUUUUAAAGCAAUGGGAAAGUGUCCGGCUUGUGCUUUAGCAUUUAGGUAAAGGUUUUUCAUGAUGCUAAAAAUGCUUCUUUGGAUAUCUCAAUUGUGCAGAGGGACAAGGGUUUUUAAAGCCCCGAUUGGUGACAGAAUUAAUAUAUCUCUGAGCAAUUCCUGUACUGUUUAUCUGUCUCAGGAGUUGUUAAAUAAGAAACACUAAAAGAGGGCAAAGUCAAAGAUGUAGAUCCUUUGAUGACCAAAUAUUUGUUUACUCCAUCACUCUAUGCCUUAGUCCAAAGAUCCCUAAUUAACAUGUCCUCAUAUUGCAAUAUUGUGGAGUCAUCUAGUUACCUUUUUGAACAUAAUUUGUUAGAAACUGCACGUGGCAGCUUUGGAUUGAAAGUACUGUAAUUGAACCUUUGCCUCUAAGUUGACGAUGUGUCCAUGUUAGACUUUCUGUAUUUUGUUCAUGUUUGUAAGAAUGCUUUUGUCCUCUGCUGUUGAACAUUGUUAAUUGUAGCUUGUGUAAUUUGCAUGGCCCUUGUAGUAAAUAGGACACACUGACUGACAUAUCCUUAACACAAGAUAGCAUACGGCUACUGGAACCCACCAUUUAAAUAACGAUGGAAAAACUGUAUAAUUGGCUGAGAACUGCUACAUACAAUGCUGUAUAGGGCUUUGAAUUACCAUUUAUAGAAAGCUACUGAUAAUCACGUUUUGACAUAUUUUGACAGUCAAAAUGUAAGUAAGAUUUUUUGGAAACAUGCCAAAUAAAUGGCUUGUGCCUAA